UAAUUUAUAACUGAACAAGUUGACCAAAUAAGCAACACUAUAGUUAUGGAUUUCACAGUGCAUUAUCUCCUUAGUACUUCACUGAUUCUUACCUCAACAAUCAUUGAAGCUGCAAUCAUAUUCAACAAUGGUGUUACCACUACUACAUCUCUCAACAGAGCCAGUUUUCCAGAAGGUUUUGUUUUUGGGACUUCAUCAUCUGCUUAUCAGUAUGAAGGUGCUGCAGAUAUAGAUGGCAGAACACCAUCUAUAUGGGAUACUUUCACUCAUAAUUAUCCAGAAAAGAUAGCUGAUAGAAGUAAUGGCGACAUAGCCAUCGAUGAAUAUCAUCGCUACAAGGAAGAUGUUGAGAUCAUGAAGGAUUUAAACAUGGAUGCUUAUAGAUUCUCCAUCUCUUGGUCCAGAAUACUACCAAAGGGAAAGCUCAGUGGAGGUGUAAACAAGGAAGGAAUCAAGUAUUACAAUAACCUCAUCAAUGAGCUACUAGCUAAAGAUAUUCAACCUUUUGGGACUAUUUUACAUUGGGACAUCCCUCAAGUCUUAGAAGAUGAAUAUGGUGGCCUUUUAAGUCCUAAGAUAGUUGAUGAUUUUCGAGACUAUGCUGAGGUUUGUUUUAAGGAAUUCGGAGACAGAGUGAAGCAUUGGAUCACAGUCAACGAGCCAUGGUCUAUCGGAAAAUUCGCCUACGCAAAUGGAGCUUAUGCACCUGGAAGAUGUUCACCAUGGCAAAACCUUAAUUGCACUGGUGGUGAUUCUGCCACUGAACCUUAUAUAGUGUCACAUUAUCAGUUACUAGCUCAUGCAGCUGCUGUUAACAUCUACAAGACUAAGUAUCAGGAAACUCAAAAGGGUAAGAUAGGGAUAGCAAUAAAUUCUUUCUGGAUAUUGCCACUCUAUGAUACAAAAUUGGAUCAUCUUGCUGCACAAAGAGCCCUUGAUUUCAUGCUUGGAUGGUUUAUGGAUCCAUUGACAAGAGGAGAUUAUCCAGUUAUCAUGAAGUCUCUGGUGGGAAGUAGAUUACCAAAAUUCUCUUCACAUGAAUCAAGGCUUGUAAGAGGAUCCUUUGAUUUCAUUGGUUUGAAUUACUACACUGCCAAAUAUGCUACUGAUGCUCCACAAUUAAGUGAUGCAAGGCCUAGUUUCCUCACUGAUGCUCUUGUUAUUCUUUCAUCAGUUUCAUCUGAGCCUAAUGGAGUGCAGUUGGGUGCAAGGGGUGCUUAUCCAGAAGGACUUAGAGAACUUUUGCUCUAUAUUAAAGAAAAUUACAAUAACCCUUUAAUCUACAUCACUGAAAAUGGAACAGAGGAAUCCAAUGAUCCUUCACUAUCACUUGAAGAAGCUCUUAAUGAUACAAGCAGAAUUGAUUACUUCUAUAGUCAUCUUUACUAUAUUCAAACUGCAAUUAAUGAAGGCGCAAACAUAAAAGGAUAUUUUGCAUGGUCGUUAAUGGACAACUUUGAAUGGGAUUUCGGCUACACUCAGAGGUAUGGAAUUGUGUUUGUAGAUUACAAGAAUGGCCAGAAAAGAUAUCCAAAGUUGUCUGCAACUUGGUUUAAGAAUUUCCUACAAUGCAGAGUACAUGGAUACGAUGAUUCCCGCUAAGAACAUGAAAUUCAUGAACCAUUAUUUGUUGAAUUUCAUAAGUUUAAAUGCUAUUAGAAGCAUUGCUCAAUUGUGAUUUUUUUUUUCAUCUUCAUGUAGUGUUAUUUUGAUGUAUUGUUCAAAGUCCAGGUUAGUA